AAGAAAUAUAUUUUUGGAAAUUGUGGGAGAGAAGAUGAUAAGAGAGCGGCAGAGAAAGGAAGGGUGGGUGGACAGAACAGAACCGAACAAAACAUAACAGAAUGGCUACCUCUGUAUCACUUCCUUGCUUCUCUCACACUCACUCUCAUAAUGUUAAGUUACAGCUGCAAAGAAGGAGAAUAUCCACCGUUUCCUCUGCUCUGGCUGAGACUGCAGCUUCAAUGGCAGUAGCUGUAACUUUCGUUGGUGCAGCAGCUACUCUUAUCGUAAAGAGAUCCAAAACUUCUGAACCAGCACAGAUUCAAUCCAAAGCAUGUGAAGAUUGUGGAGGUUCUGGUAUAUGUUCUGAAUGCAAUGGUGAAGGAUUCGUUCUUAGGAAACGUUCUGGUGAAAGUUCUGAUCAGGCAAGAGUGCCGGCCAAGAAUAUGGCGACUCGAUUCACAGAUCGGCUUCCAAAGAAGUGGAGCUAUUGUACAAAAUGCUCUUCUGGUCGAUCCUGUUCAACCUGUGGUGGCAGUGGAAAACUAAGUUACUAGUUUAGAACUGCAUGCUGUCAACCUAGCUAGCUCAUCAGUACUACCGUUUACACACAUGCUCUUGUUGAAGUCACGGUUCAGAAUGAGGCAACAUAAUGAACUCAACGCUUAUUAGUGAUUCACAUCCACUUUGAUUUCCUUGAUCCAUUCUGCAUGAAGCAAAAUUCUAUGUAUAUGCAUUUCAAUGGAAGUGUAUAGUGAGUUUUUACUUGAUUUGGAGAGGUUUUGAGUUUAACAUAUGUGGGGUCUUGAUAGAAUAGGAUUUGAGUUGAACUAACAUGCAUAUUAAUAUACUCCUCUUGCAAAUUGAUGGAUGGCCAUUCAGAUUAUUUGUAGCAUGAUAAAAAAUCUAUGCUUCAUCUCAAGGGAGAGUAUUAACAUGUAUGGUUAAGAAAACAUGGUUUUAGUACACACAGAACCUUGAAAAAGAGAGUUGUGAAUCUACUGAAAGAAAUAAAGAUGGAGAGUAUGAGUAUUUAAAGAUGAGAAAUCAUAUAUGAAAACCUAUUUCUUUUAAACACCUAAUGGAUUUUCAUUAAUUAUUUCGCUUUUCUUAUUACAUUA